CCGCCUCGAAGUGGUUUGGAGUACAGCCUGUCCUCUACCAUCAGCUUGUUCAUGCUACCUCUUAGCGCUGCCUUCAGAUGCUUGCGAAAGAACACUCCACAGUCUGGACAGUGUAUGUUGAUAACUAUGGAAAGAUUAGCUCGCCGAGGCGCCAACAGAUAUCUUCAUCGAGAGCGACGCGAGCCGUAGAUGAUUCGACGCGAUUUCUGAUUCUCAGCCUGCCACGCGGGAACUGGCGGAAACCCGGCUCUGUUUUCAAAGACGUGCUUUCGGGAUGGGUUAAGGAUGGAUAUCGAGUGGACGGUACCGCAUAUUCCUUCCUCGGCUUUACUGAUUCUCAUGUGAGGAGCGGGAAGCUCAUAUUCUUCCGUGAAGAUGCGAAAUGGACCCUGGAUCGACUCCGUGGAUGCUUUGGUGACCUUGACGAGGUGUUCAAGACAUCGGGCUAUGGGAAGUAUGCAGCACGUCUCGCGCUGUCAUUCUCCUCAACUGUCCCGAUGGUCAAUAUUCCGGAUGAUCACGCACUGCUUUUAGAUGAUUUGCGCGCUAAUGAUGGUUCCCUACAUUCCGACGGAUGUGGCCUUAUUCGCGAGUCCCUGGCUGUACAAUUGUGCAGACAGAUCAACAUCCCCUAUGACACAUCCGCAUUUCAGAUUCGGCGGGGAGGCAUCAAAGGCCUCUUGGUCAGAUACCCCGACGAGACCUUUGAUCAGUUAUGUUCCCAUUAUCACGGUCGCGCCAAUGGGCGUGGCAGUACAUCUAAGUAUUCUAUUGCCUACAGAAGGUCAAUGGUGAAAUACAAGGGUGGCCCGAUCACACUGGAGCUCAAUAACUACUCGACAUGUCCGGGUUCAGCAAGGCUCAAUGUGGGAUUCAUUCUUUUAUUGCUCACACUAGGGAUACCAUACACGGUCUUCGAAAAGUUGCUCAAGGACCAGCUAGACCUAAUUGAUAGCAUCGUACAUGACCGAGAGAUGGCCCUAAGGUAUAUCAAAGGAGAACUCAACGCUGGAGAUACGGCUACGUUUAAUCAAGAUUUGUAUGCAAUGUUGCUCGCCUGCCACGAUCUUAAGGAGCCGUACGUCGAAUGGAAGCUGCGUUCGUUCCAGAAGCAACAAUAUGACCACCUCUCGAAUAAACUUAACUUACGUGUCGAGGAUUCUUGUUAUGUCUACGGGGUAAUUGACGAGCUUGGGAUCCUGGAUCCGGACGAAGUAUAUGUGAAUUUGCCCGGCCGGACCGGAGUACUUGAGCGAGACGUGCUCGUCGGACGGAAUCCAUCAUAUUCGCCUAGCGAUCUCAGAAAAUUUCGUGCUGUGAAUCCCGAAGCUCUGAAGCACUUGAAGAAUUGCAUCGUCUUUUCCAGACUGGCGGAGCACUCGGUAGCUGAUACUAUGGCUUCGGGAGAUCUGGAUGGAGACGAGUACUUCGUAACGUGGGAUCCAAACUUGAUUCCCACUAAGACGCUGCCUUCGCUCAAGCGAAUCCCAGCUUCCAUCGUGACACGCACUCAGAACCAGCAGCAUCGUCCAGAGUUCGCACGUGCUGCAGUGGACACCUUCAUGGAGCAUAGAUUCAGCACGCUGCUGGGCAGCAUGGCCAAUGCAUGGAACAAGGCCGCACAGGCUACUCCAGAGCUCGCGAAUGCUCGUUUCGCUACGGAACUAGUUCCGCUGGUCGAGUUGGCGCUAGAUUCCAUGAAAUCUGGUUACAAUAUGUCAUUGCUCGAGGCUCAGUUCAACGCAGUCAAGAGGCGUUAUGAGAGAAACGAGCGAGAGCGCGAGCCAUUCAGGAGUCCUAUUGAUGCACUGCGUGAUAUCAUUCCUGCUCCUCCGAAGGUCGUGAUGACCUCAUAUGAAUGCGACGAAGCGCUGCUCCUUCGCGACUCGCCUGAAGAUCGUGCGAGCUUAAAGCAGCAUCUCUCUGAAGCUCCUGCAAUCAUGCAGGCUUUCAACCUUGACUUGACACGUGCGAUUACGGAGGACAAUGGAUCACCUGAUAGCUUCACAGAGAAGAUGAAGCGCAGCGAAAUCAGGCAGGCCGAUCUUGUGAAGCAGGAAUACCGCGAUCGUUACUUCGGAGGAGGUUCCUUCUCCGAUAUGCACAAACAGAGGCUGCGGGCCUCUGCGUGGUAUUAUUACGGCUAUAGCAGGAAGAAGAUGGCCUUUGCGUGGCUUGGAGAACGCUAUCUGAACGAGAUCCGCGCCCGUGAGUUGAUGAUUGCUUGCAUUAAUUUGACCCUCAUUGUCUGCCGUGCACAUAGAUCAUACAAAUGGCGGGAAGCCAGUGAUAUACAUUGGGGCUACAGCAGCUCCGACUUGCUCUCCGUCGUCGAAUGCAGCGAUGGGCCCGAUGUCGAGUGCGGACCCAUCGCAGCAAUCGCAGGAUACCACAUCGAAAGGCACGUCGGAUGACAUUACGCGCGUGGAUAGCAUCGAAGAAGGCAUUUUGGACUCUACGCCGGCUGACGCUCCGGGUCAAGACACGAUACACAGAUAUUCUGCAGCUGCUCUGCCACAAACGGAGAACGGCAGAGUAGCAUCUGGACUGAAAGAGCGGACUCUUAGUGAGCAAACGAUAUCGACGACGACAGCAGACUCCGACAACGAGUCAUUCGACUAUGACUCCGAGGACGAAUUCCACGACACGCAGGAGUUUUUGCCGCGUGAGAGCGAGGCGUCAUCUGGUUUGUCGCGAUACGAAUCC